ACUCGUACGGGGUUUUUUCUUGACGGGAGUUUUCGUUUCGUUUCCCGUUCGACGAAGGAAAACCAGUGUCUGACAAAGAAAUAGAACAUGGUCUAGGCAAGGUGAAAGACUUGCUCAUUUAGCCAGUGGGAUACGGAAGCCCCUGCAGUAGAAUCUUUAGCAAUCGCGAGACGCGGCCGAGAAAUGGAGUCGACGGGCAAUGUGCAUAUUCGCUUGCGAAUGGCAUGAAAAGCGAAGAGGCACGAAACAAGUAACCUCCCGAGGCACCAUCGUAAACCAUCAGUCAAGCAUGAGAAAAAGGCGUGCUGUUUGCAGUAGAAAAUGAAGUGAAACAGUCCGCAGCGCGUGUUACUCGCGCGCGCCGUAAGGAUAUCCGCAGCAGGACAUUUUGCCCCGUUCGAGGUCCGAUUGGAGAAAGAAUCAGUGGUCGAGAAGAAGGAGAACGAUUUUUCUACUUGACUGUUUGAUUCAUCCAGUGUUGGAUAAUGGAGAAGAAUAACUGCGGAUGGAAGAAAACGGUAGACGUGGAAUUAUUGCUGUGAAACCGGGAAAAAAAACUCUUCGCCGCUCGAGACACAAAGUUGAAGAACCAUAACUCUACCCUGAAGAGAACGCACAAUUACCAACCAUCGGCAAAGCAAUUCUCGCGCAACCAUCGAAUGCGAUUUCUGGACCGAUCGGCUAGGCGUCUUACAUUGCGGAACAACAGUAUGACCGCGAGCAUCGGGGAACCGCAGCAACAAAGUCCCUCGCUAGUAGCAGCAGCAACUCCUGUAGCAAACAACCCCACCGCCGAACUGCGCCCACUUCCGGUUGUUGUUGUUAUUAACCGUGCCGGUGGUGGUGGUGGAGGUGGUUGUGGCGGUUGUUUUGGCGGUCGUGUAGGUGGAAGGCAUCGUUCGGCUUCCUCCGAGCAUGUUGCUUGCGAGCAGCCGCGUGUUUGCGCACUGUGAUGUGGUAGAUAUGGACUGUAACGCUGGCAGCAGUAGUAACGGUGGCAACAGUAACGGUGGUGGCGGCGGCGGCGGCGGCGUCAGCGGCUUGGUCAGUAACAGCAUCUUCACCCGGCAGUCCUCGGUGCCCGGUGCCGGUAACGGUGGUGGUGGUGGUGGUGGAUACUCCCUGCUGCUGGCGGCAAACGGUGGCGGUAUUGCCGGUUCGUCCGCAUCGACCAGCUCGCUCCGGUGCGACAAGGUGAACGGCAACGCAACAGGAACGAUCGUAUCGAGCAAUAACGGUGGCCCGGUAGGAGGAGUCGGAGGCGCCGGCAUCGUCGGUGGGAGUAGCAACAAUAUCAACAGUGUCGGUGCGUGCGGCGGGGGUGGCGGCGGACUGGUGUCCUUCCAGCCGCCACUGAUUGCUCCGUCGACGGCACUGAAAACGUCCUCGCUGACGUCAUCGGCCAUUCUAUUCGGUGGAAGCAGCGGCAACCUGAGCAGCCUCGGUGGCAAAUCAAACACCCACAAGUGGAUCGGUUCGCUGUGUGAUGGUGCAACAAGCAUUGGCUACGCGGGUGGAAGUAGCGGAAAGUUAAAUCAACAGUUGCAUUUUCAACAACAGCACCAACAACAGCAUCAGCAGCAGCAGCAGCAGCAACAACUGCAACUGCUCCAACAUCAUCAGAGUAAACACCAACAGCAGCAACAGCAGCAGCAGCAGCAGCAGGUGCAUCAACAUCAGCAGCAGCAGCACCAUCAUCAUCAUCACCAUCAUCACAGUCUACCGAGUGGACUGAGUACGACAAGUGGCAGCAACAUGCUCGACAGUCUCACCUUUCGGUUGUGCGAUGUGGACGGUGCGGUGAGCAGCACCAUGGCCAACGUGGGCGGCAACAAUGGUGGAGGAGGAGGAGGAGGAGGAGGGGCCAACGGUGGUGGUAUCAACAAUGGGUCGACAAAUGGUAGCGGAAACAGUGGUAGUAUCCUCGUCGUUGUUCCUCAAACGGGCAGCGGGAAGCAGUCGCACUCGUCCGGCGUCGGUGGCAUAAGCAACAGUGAAAGGCUUGCGUACUCUACUCACCAUCAUCAGCAACAGCAAAAGCUGGCCCAGCAGCACCACCAUCAGCAGCAACAGCAACAACAACAUAGUAGCAAUAGUAGUAGUAGCAGCAAUAAUAGUGGCGCUAUUGGUGCCAUCGGUAGUAACGAUCUACCGAUCAACUAUAGCAAAAUGACACGCAUCGGAAAGAUGGGAUUGAGUGAGCAUCAUCACCAUCACCACCAUGAGGGAGCGGGCGGAUCGGGACCGGUUUCGUUGCAACACCAGCAACAGCAGCAACAAGCGGCCCAGCAACAGCACCACCAUAAGCAGCAGCAGCAGCAGCAGCUACAGCAUCAUCUUCGUAGUGCUGUUGGUGGUAGCAGUGGUAAUGUGGCUAAAGCCGAUGCAUCCAGCUACUGCAAGGUGACCCGAAUCGGAAACAUUACCCUGCUCGAUCCGGAGGACCAGACGAUGCACAUGCAGCAACAACAGUCGCACCUGCUGGGAAACAACGGUGCAGGUGGUGCCGGUGGGAGCGGCAGUAGCGGCAGUGGAAGCAAUAACACGCUCAAGAAGGACGAGGUUAGUCUGACGAAGGUGGCCAAAUUGGGCCACUCGGUGGACCAGAAAGUGUGCGAUCUUCAACAGCAUUUCAUCCAGCAGCAUCAACAUCAGCUGCAACAGUUGCAGCAGCAGCAGCAACAGGCGGCCCAGCAGCAGGUGGUCCAGAAACAGCAGCAAGCACUCCAGCAACAACAACAGCAGCAACAGCAGAAGAGUGGUGAUCAGCAUCAGCAAGGUGAAGGAGGGGAAGAGGUGCGCAUGACGGAAAGUCUGGCACCGUUCGAGGUGCUCCGGUUGUACAUGGAUAAGCUGACGCAGUACGAACACCACGAGAUCUACAACUACCCGCGGAUCUACUUCAUCGGUGCGAACGCGAAGAAGCGGCGCGGCGCCGGGAACUCGGACUACGACAACGAACAGGGCUCGUACAUCCAUAUCGCGCACGAUCACAUCGCCUACCGGUACGAGGUGCUGAAGAUCAUCGGCAAGGGCAGCUUCGGGCAGGUGGUGAAGGCGUACGAUCACCGCAACUUCCAGCACGUGGCGCUCAAGAUGAUCCGCAACGAGCAGCGGUUCCACCGGCAGGCGCAGGAGGAGAUCCGCAUCCUGAAGCAUCUGCGCGCGCAGGAUCGCUACAACUCGAUGAACAUCAUCCACAUGUACGACAGCUUCGUGUUCCGCAAUCACAUGUGCAUCACGUUCGAGCUGCUGUACAUCAACCUGUACGAGCUGAUCAAGAAGAACAAGUUCAAGGGCUUCAGCAUGCAGCUGGUGCGCAAGUUUACGCACUCGCUGCUCAAGUGCCUGGACGCGCUCUACAAGAACAAGAUCAUCCAUUGUGAUAUGAAGCCGGAGAACAUCCUGCUCAAGCAGCAGGGCCGCUCGGGCAUUAAGGUGAUCGACUUCGGGUCGUCCUGCUUCGAGAACGAGCGCGUCUACACGUACAUCCAGUCGCGGUUCUAUCGCGCCCCGGAGGUGAUCCUCGGCGCCAAGUACGACAUGGCGAUCGACAUGUGGUCGCUCGGGUGCAUCGUGGCGGAGCUGUACACCGGCUCGGCCCUGCUGCCCGGCGAGGACGAGUACGAUCAGAUGGCGUGCAUCAUCGAGCUGCUGGGGAUGCCACCGUUGAAGCUGCUGGACAAUGCCCGGUCCGCUUCCCGGUACUUUGCGUUCGAUCGCGAAGACCGCCUCCCGCACUACUGUUCGCUCAGCUUUCGGGCGGACGGACGGGAGGACAUUCAGGGUAGCUACAGUCGGCGCGGCCGGUACCGGGGUGCACCCGGGACUCGGGAUCUUGCCAAGGUGCUGCACUACAGCGACGAGCUGUUCCUGGACUUUGUCAAGCACUGCCUGCGGUGGGAUCCGAAGCGUCGCAUGACGCCACAGGAAGCGCUCAAUCACAUCUGGUUCCACCGGAUGUUGCCUCAAUCGCCGCAGGUGGUGAAGAUUGGCGUAAUUGCGGAUGCCCCGGGAACGACCGAUCCGGGUGCGGCGGGCGGUGCUGGAGUAACGGCAGCGGCAACUACGACGACAUCCUCCCGGGUUCCCGGUGUCGUUCGCUCCAAUCGUCCGUCAAGCCCGUCGGGAUUGAGUAAGGCUGGGGUAACGAUGACGGCCGUCGGCAGCAGUACCACCAGCAGCUCGUCAAGCACGGCAGCCUCCAUCAGCAAGCAGCUGAGCUCAUCCAUGGUUAGCGGCGGCGGUGGUGGACUAGAUGGCAGCUCCGGUAGCCUAGUCGGAGGAGGUGGCGGUGGAGGGAUUCCGAUGGGUUCCUAGCACCACCAGAAGCCUUUAGUGUCGUCAUCAUCUUCGUCCUACGGUGUUGUGGGAUCGUUAAAGAAGGUUUCGUCGGCACUGUCGGUAGUGGCAUCCGGUGGUGGUGGUGUUCCUUCCGUCGGUAACAAUCUCUCAACCAUCAAAACCUCUCCCACGGCAGCCAUUUCUACCAUGCACCCACCGGCCCCGGUGCUUUCCCUUGCGGGAUCCUUGCAGCAGCAACACCAUUCCCAGCCGCAUCCUAAAGCUUCCUUGCAAGCGCUACUCGAGGUGCGCAUUCUCGCUUCCGGUCGGCCUAUGGUAAGUGGUGGAGGUGUUGGUGGUGGUGUCCAGCCUCCCUGUGCUACGGAAUCGACAUCGACGACCCUAGAGGAUGGUAGUUCCUGUGCCUGCGAAAGGAAAAGGCUUCACCAGCAUCUUCCGACACUCGCCCGCGAACCGGUGAUGUCACCGACGCACUUGGCUGCCCUGGCGUUGGACACCGGUGAGGAGGAUAGCAAUAACAGCAGCAACAGCAGCAAUGGCAACGGCAGCAAUACUCAACCACCUGGAUCAACCGGCAGCGAACAGCUGCUACAACCCCCUGGCCAAUAGCAUCGUCUAGCAUCGGCCAUCUCAUCGACCACAUCGUCGUCUUUCGUAGAGUACGUAGGCAAAUUCUAGUUGAAUAACACACACUGGCAGCAACCAAUUUGAUCGACGGUCAAAAUAUCGAUAGGAUUACUUGUGUGUUUCCCCUCGCUGUGUGUGGAAGGUCUUUCUUAGUGUCUACCCUGUCACACACAUACACACACACUGUCAAGAAAGAACUCCAAUAUCGAAGGGGUCGUGAUAGUGUGUAAUAGUUGUAGCAGAAAUAAGUAUCCGGCAUGAUUGUGUCCUUCGUAAUCCUCAUAGGGAAAUCUCUAUACGUUUGAUAAACAAAAAACAAGAAACAGAAAAGGAUCUCGACACACGGACCGAGGAGGAACAUUAGAUAGAUAAUACCGGGGGCGAUCGCCACACCCCAUCCCCUUUGCUCUUUUAGCUAAAAGUUGGGGGAGUUUCCAUGGCGGAAGUUUAUUUGCGAGGAUAAUUUUUGCCCACAAAACAACUUGUAGAUACAUUUAUAAUUUUACUAUGCUUUUUUCUAUACCAUUUUUUUUUUAAGUUCCAUUCCUAUCUCUCAGACUACAAGCUAUUGACUACGACCCCGUUUCUCAAGGGGGUAAACGCUAGUGGCUAGUGUUCUCAUUACUUUAUGCUUUAAAACGAUUUUGGAAAACGAUGACAAAAGUUCCAAUAUUCAUACAUUUAUUUUACAUGCGCGAUAGUAAUGAUUCCGACGAUCCUGUUUAGGCAAAAUCCUUCGCGAAAAUGAUUCACAAAAAAACAUUGUGUACAGUUAGUUCCGCAUUUGGGCGGAAAGUUUGAUGGAACAUUCAGAGAUGCGAGGAAGAGAGAAUAAAAGAGUAAAAAAACUGAAUCAUAUAAGGCUGUUAUAAAUGUAAAUUGCGCGCAUAUCGACGUACUGUUGUUUGCUGUUUACGCAGCGAAUGUAGCAUAUUUAGAGAGGGCAGUAGGCAAAAGGACGAAAAAAUGAAAUCCGGAGAAAAUUUGGACAAACAUAUUUGUUUUGCGUUUAAAAAUUAAUGAUUUACCAAUCUCUCACAGUCGCGUUAACAAAAAACACUUUUGAGGCUUUUGAUUUUUUUUCUCCUAAACAUCGCUUCCUUCCUUCAACGCGUACAGAUCACUGUCCAUCACUCGACCCCCCCUAAGUUUCUAGUGUUUACCAUGCAGUUAUAAGUUUUCCACUGCCUUCAGCGUAUGCGUUUAGUUUUUGCUUCUUGCAAAAGAAGGACUUGUCGCAUGCAAACACGAGACUGUGUGUGUUCAAAGCCAAUGACUUAUUAGGGGUGAAAUUCAACACUCGUGCUAUUGAUUUUAUGUUGUGGCUUCUUGCAACCGUGUUGUGGUCCCAAAAAUGACCUGGGGAAAGCAUAUAAAUUACGAGUAUGAGCACGCCCAUAUUAUCAUUCCGCUGCAAGUUGGAUAAAGAAAGUGACAACGGGAGUAUAUAUCGAAUGACAACCCAAUACAAAAUUAGCAAACCAAGUAAGAACACGAAUAAGGAUAUAGUGAAGCGGAUGUUGUUUUCCUUGUUAGUAGGAACUUAGGACAAAUCAAAAUACCUAUCGUAUUCGGCUUGAAAUGUUCUAUCAUUAGGUACAGAGGUUCGGUGCUGCGAAGGGAGAGUAAAACAAUACCAAAAACUAUAACAGUUGUGACCGUUUUAACGAAUUUGCGAACUCAGCUUUGCGCGGGCGGGUUUAAGAUUGUGACGUACUGUGGUUGUUAUAGUCGCGUUCAUUUAUGGAAAUGGCAACAAAAACAUACACGACGACGGUUUAUUGGUUUGGUUCGUCGUUUAAGUAUCGGCUAUAGCAAAAUUAGACUGAUGAGAGAGGACGUUUUUUAGUACCCUCCCCCCUCCCCCUCCCCAUAGAGCUGGGAGUCUGCUUUAUCACUAGCUAGGAAAGACAUAGCGGUUUAGUUUCAUGUAGUAUUGUAUCCAUUCCUAUAGACACCC